AUGCCCUUUCUGCCUCGACAUUCAGCAAAAAGCCUGACAGCAAAAGCUGCAGCUCCAGCUCCAACAAGCUCAGAUGCUCCACAGGAGGAUGGCCAGCAUGCAACGGACUUUGGGGGGGCAGCAGGGUCUGCUGUCCCCAACUCCUGCUACUCCAACCACCUCAACUGGUCAACAGCCAGACACCCCACAGAUACCCCAGCCAGCCCCAACCCACAUCACAACCUCAGCCCACUCCUCCCAACAACUUGCCAUCCUUCUUACCCAGGACUCAUUAAACUACUGGCCCUGUGUCCCAGGGUAAGGCAACAGACCAAUGACCCCAUCAAGUCAGAAGGCUCAGCCUUCCCUUCCAGGGCCUCCACCUACAGCAGUAGAAAUGGUAAUGCACAUUCAGACAGCAGUAGGGAAACAACACCAGAGAGCUCAUGUACAAAUUUUCCAAAGGCCAAUCCAGCCCCAGAUGUCCCAGAUGAUGCUCAUGGCCCCUGUGGGCAUGAACCCGCCUCCAAUGGCCAGUGGUCCUGGUGGUCAUUUGGAGCCAGGAAUGGGUCCCAUGGGAAGGCAACAGCAGCCACCCUGGGCCCAAGGUGGAAUACCUCAGCCACAGCAGAUGUAGCCAGGGAUGCUGAGGCCAGCCAUGAUCAGCAACAGGUGCUGAAUAUCCUUCAUGCCAACCCCCAGUUGUUGGCUGCAUUUAUCAAGCAGCGGGCUGCCAACCUCUGCAGGUCGCUUUCUCUCUUACUUGUCCUCGUGGCUUCCGUCAACUCCUUCAGUCUUCCCCAGUCGAAGAACCCUCCUGCCUUCCCAGGCACUGUUACUUGUGAUGAAGACGGAGUGAGAGUUGAGUUUCCAAGCAGUCUUGACAUGGAAAAAUGGCAACCUUCCAUUGUUGAUACCUCCGGUGUUGAGAUUUUGAACUGCACUUAUGCCCUGGACUCAAAAAACCUCACCAUGAAGCUCCCUUAUGAAACCUGUACCACAGGACUGGUUGGUGGGUACAAGGUGAGCAUCAGAGUGUGGGACAACAGCACUGACCUAAGAGAUAAAGGCGGCCUGCAUCAUUUCUUCUGUCCACUUAUUACAAAGGAGGUCUAUGAGUUUUCAGACGCCAUAGUCUGCACGAAGGAUUUUAUAUCUUUUACCUUCACACAUAUUUUCUCUAAGUUUGCUGAUGAUAAUGCGAAUGCACCUGAGAUGGGAUGGACCAUUAAGCUUGGCAAUGGCACAAAAACCCACACUCUGCCCCUGAAAGAUGCCUUAAGACAAGGAUUUAAUCUUCUGAUUGACAGCGAGAAAUUAACCCUUGAUGUGCCAGUCAAUGCUACUGGAGUCACCCAAUAUGUGCAAGGGAGCAGCCAUCUCUACACUGUGAAUCUGAAUCUCAUGUUCUCAAUGCCUGGACAGAGGACUACCUUCUCCUCACAAGCUCUCUGUGCAUCAGAUCUGUCUGUGGCUUGCAAUGCCACACACAUGACUUUCACCAUACCAGAGUUCCCUGGGAAGCUGAAGUCUGUGAACUUUGGGGAAAGGAGCAUUCCCGAGAGGCAAUGGCAUGCCAGUGGAAUCGACAAAGAAGUAACAAAUGGCUUGAGACUGCAUUUCAGAAAAUCUCUCCUGAAAACAAAACUCUCUGAAGGAUGCCCACAUUAUCAGUUCUACUUCUCGGCUCUCAAGCUGACCUUUCACCUCCAGCCGUACUUUGUGACCACGGUGAUAGAUCCUGAGUGCCCCUGUGAGUCACCAGUCUCCAUAGAUGAACUGUGUACACAGGAUGGGUUUAUGGACUUCGAGGUGCACAGCCACCGAACAAAACCUGCUCUGAACCUGGAGACCCUCCUGGUGGGGAACUCCUCCUGUCAGCCUAUCUUCAAGGCCGAGGCACUGGGGCUCGCACGCUUCCGUAUACCUCUGAACGAAUGCGGAACACGACAGAAAUUUGAAGGUGAUAAAGUCAUCUAUGAAAAUGAAAUACAUGCUCUCUGGAAAAAUCUACCACCAAGCAUCAUAUUCAGGGACAGUGAGUUCAGAAUGACAGUGAGGUGUCAUUACGCCAGAGACAGUGUGCUCCUAAAUGCCAAUAUCAAAAGCCGCCUUUCUCCAGUGGCCUUGGUAAAGCCAGGUCCACUGGUGCUGGUCCUGCAAACAUACCCAGACAAAUCCUACCAGCGACCCUAUGGGAAGAGUGAGUACCCUCUAGUGAGAUACCUCCGCCAGCCAAUCUACAUGGAAGUGACUGUCUUGAAUAGGAAUGAUUCCGACAUCAAGCUGGUCUUGGAUGACUGCUGGGCAACACCUUCUGUAGACCCAACCUCUCUCCCCCAGUGGCAUAUUAUCGUGGAUGGCUGUGAAUAUGAACUGGACAACUACCACACUACCUUCCAUCCAGCUGGCUCCUCUGUGGUCCAUCCUGCUCACUACCAGAGGUUUGACGUGAAGACCUUUGCCUUCGUGUCAGAGGCACAGGGCCUCUCUAGCCUGAUCUACUUCCACUGCAGUGCCUUGAUCUGCAACCAAGGGUCCCUUGACUCCCCUCUGUGUUCUGUGACUUGCCCUGCAUCCUCGAGGAGCAAACGAGAGGCCAUCAGAGAAGACGCAAUGACAGUUAGCCUUCCAGGACCCAUUCUCUUGUUGCCAGGUGAUUCUUCACUUAAAGAUGCUACAGUCCCCAAAAGGAGCCAGAUUACCAAGGACACUGUUGUCAAAAUAGUAGCUGUGGUGGCUGCGUUGGUGGGUUCAGUGGUGAUUGUAGGCUUCAUCUGUUACCUGAAUAAAGAGAGAACGGCGAGGUUGGCUCACUGAGCAUGCAAAUAA